AUGUCGUUUAAAGUCGCGGAUUUAUCCUCCGCUUCCCUUCUUGCAACACAACUCAACUCAUCAAUCGAAAGCAUUAGUGAGAAACAAAGCAAAGAUACAUACAGAGAGAUGGUGGCACUCAAAGACAUAGUGCCAGCAGCACAGAACAACAUAAACACAAGGUUCAUACUUUUGGACAAAGCCUCCAUGAACACAUCCUCAUCACAGGGCCAAAACAAGACAUGCCUGGCACUCGUGGCCGACGAGACGGCGGCGGUCCACUUUCAGCUGUGGGGGGAGGAAUGCGAUACAUUCGAGCCUGGUGACAUCAUACACUUGAGCAAUGGGAUCUUCUCUUACAGCAGGAACAGUCUUCUGCUGCGGGCGGGCAAGAGAGGCAAAAUAGAAAAGGUUGGAGAGUUCACCAUGGCAUAUGUGGAGACACCAAACAUGAGCGAGAUUCGUUGGGUUCCUGACCCCAACAGCUCUCACAAGUACAUACAGGAGGCUGUAAUUUCUCCACAUUCACGCAUAUUUCCACCCAAAUACUAA